AUGCAAGACAUCAUGGAAAAAGUCAUAUCCCGAGAGAACGAAUGGCACAGCACCGGCCUAUUCACACCAACGAAACUCCGCCUCGCCGUCGACGAACUGAUCAACUCAAACACAGACCUCCAGCCAGAAUCUCACACUUGCCAAGGUGCAUCCGCAUCAUCCCACAUCCCAACAAUCAAAGCCCCGGACCGCCGCCCAAACCCAUCAGUUGAUAGCAACCCCCGAAUAACGAACCAAAUCUACCAAACCGCCGAACAACUCAAAAUCUGCACAGAUGCAAAAUACUUCGGUGUGAUUGCCUGUGGUGCCAGCCUCUGCGAUGAAGGUCUUGCGCGCGCAGUAGCAGAUUCCUGCAACGACAUCCUUAUCGGCGAUUACUGCGAAGCAGCGGAUGAAAAGGGUCUCAAGCUACUCCAGCAAGUCGGCGCGGCAGCAGUGGCAUUUUUGAAAGUCUGCAAUCUGGCUGGUCGGGUUGGUGACUGGCAAUUUGAUAACCUGGCUGCUUAUAUUGUCCAAUGUCGGGUUCUAGGGUAUUACCGGGACCAUGGCCGGUCUCGACUUCGCGAUGGAGUUUACGGAAGUCGCAUGACUGGGCUUGGGGUUCAUCGGCAUAUUGAUGUUGCUGCUUUUCAUGGAGUUAUGACUGCUUCGUUGGGGACGGGGAUGGUCAUUGAUGAGGGGCAGUAUGCGAGUAUUGUGGAGGCGGUGGUUUUUGUUAAUGAUUUUGUGGAUAUUCGCGGUGAUACUAUGCGAAAGCAACGGGAGAAUGUUAUUCUUCGGGGAUUGCGGGGGAAUCUUUGUCGGUACCUUGAUCGGUCUAUUGGGGAGUGUUUGGAUGUUGUUGCUGAUGUUGUUGAGGCGAGUGAAAUUGGGGCUUUGGUUGUUAUGGGUUAUUGUAAUUGGGCUAUUAUGUCGUCUCAUCACAAGGUGUAUGAGUUGGUUAAGGGGGUUCGGCCUGUUCGGAAGUAUGGGUAUUGUGAGUAUACUUCUGUUGCGGAUAAUGCGCGGUAUGAACGGUUGAUUGAGGCGUUGCGACCAUAUGGUACACUUGGCAGUGAUGGACCCAGUGUAUUGAAGGAGAGGAUUGAGAUGGAUAAGACCUAUGAUGUCUGUCGACAGUCACCCGAGUUGCAUCUAUCGUGGCUUGCUGAUGCCGCCCGGAGUUUGUUGGAGCCGGCGACGUUGAGGCAGAUUGUGGAUGUGGUACAUUUUGAGUGGAGCGGCGAUGUGGGAGCUGUCGAUUAUUGCCCUUAA